AUGAGUGACGAAAGGUAUCAGAGCAGGUACGGUAGGUACGAUAGUGGUAGAGGUGGUAGAAGCGGGUAUUACUCUAAUUACCAGAAUUCUAGCCACCACAGAUCAAACGACGGGCCCAAUACAAAUACGCAUGGGCCCAGCAACGGUAAUGGUAACAGUGGUGGCUAUUACCACGGGUAUUACAAUAGGCACGGCUCAAUGAACGGUAGGGCUGCAAGUUCAGGCAGAGGGUACUAUGGUGGACACAAUACACAUAUUACUAGUGCACCACACAAUAAUCCUAAUGCAUAUUCGAGGGCCCCAGCGACAGGCAACACGAGUUAUACAGGCUCAUAUUAUUCUCGAGGUGGGAAUUCAAGUGGACGUGGGGGCUACUCUUCAUAUAACCGCGGCGGAUACCACGCUUCACACCAGUAUAAUAACGGUGGCUACUAUCAUCGCAACAACAACUAUAAUAGCAGCUACACGGAGAGACAGAAGAGUGUCAGCGGUGAUAGUGCCACUAGUGGUGGCAUGAAGUAUACAUCAUCACAUCGUACCACUCACGUGACACACCCAGCACACCCACCAAUAACAAUACAACGUAGUGGUAGUAACGGCAAUGGAGUAGCCCAAGGCAAUGCCAGCUCAGGAGAAGUACCGACAGCUCCCAGAAGAGAGACUACAGCUCAGAAUAAUGGCAGGGACAAAAGAGAAGAGCAACUAAAGAAAUAUGGUAUAAGUAACAUGGCCCAAGGCUAUCUGGAGAUCAUGGAUCAGAAUAGUAGCAGUACCACAAGCGUUACACAAACUGAGAUAGAGUUAGAUGAAAAAUUACGUGAGAUGAACAGCCAAGUGUUUCGGACAAUGUGUGAACUGGCCUUAGUAGAGAAUCAAUACACACGCGACACUUUGAAUGUCCAACUUACGCAGGAGAAGCUAGACACAUUAUUACUCAGCUAA